AUGGCAGACACUGGAGUACAAACGAAACCUGUAGAACCUGAAGAGGAAAAGAAACUAUCAAACAAAGAGCUCAAGGAGUUGAAAAAGAAGGAAAAAGCGGCAAAGAGAGCAGCUCAGAAAGAGAAAAAUGGUAUUACAGUGGAACAACAACGACAACUAGCGGACGAGAAGAAGAAGCAAUCACAAUCGGCGACGUCCAACACCGCGUCGAAUUUGAAAAAGCAAUUGAAUCAAGCACUUAUCAAGACAGAUAAGAAGGUGCCACAUUUGUUUGGACACUUGGAAACUCGCGAGCAGAGGAACGCAUCUUCGCCUGCAAUAUCGCACAUUGUUCAUCCCGCAAUUAUUGCCUUGACAUUAAAGUACUCGAGUUAUACUAUUGUAGGAUCACUGGCAAGAUUGGUCAAUAUGCUUCGAGUGUUUCAGCAAGUCAUUGUCGAUUAUAAAACUCCGGAAAAUACAGCUUUAACUAGGCACUUGACUGGGCACUUGUCGCAUCAAAUUGAGUUUCUCAAGUCUGGAAGACCCUUGUCAGUAUCGAUGGGCAAUGCUAUAAGAUGGUUGAAACAAGAAAUUUCGCAUGUUUCUAUAGAUGCUUCCGAAUCCCAAGCAAAAGAGCUACUCUUCCAAAAGAUUGACGACUUUUUGAGAGAAAAGGUUGAACUUUCAGACCAAUUGAUUGUUCAAAGUGCGGCAAAACACGUCACUAAUGGAACCACAAUUCUCACCUACGGCCAUUCACAAGUUUUGGAGGAUCUAUUCAAAUUCUGUGCUGUGGAGCAGGGAAAAAAGUUUACCUUGGUCAUUGUUGAUUCAAGACCUUUAUUUGAAGGGAAAACGUUGUUGCGACAAUUACUGAGAACCAAAUGCGUAAGCGAUUCAGGUGAGGAGGUUCCAAUAACGCAAAAGUAUAUCAGUGUACACUACGUUUUGCUCAAUGCGUUGUCAUCUUCCUUGUUGGACGAUGUUGACUGUGUUUUCUUGGGUGCACAUGCGAUGUUAUCCAACGGUCGCCUAUUUUCAAGAGUUGGUACGGCAAUGAUUGCCAUGAUGAGCCACACAAGAAACAUUCCUGUGUUGACGUGCUGCGAGUCGAUAAAAUUUUCUGACAAGGUGCAGUUGGAUUCAGUGACAAGCAACGAAUUAGCAGACCCCGAUGAUUUGAUAAACACAGAAAAUAGCAGAAGGCCACCUCAAAAGAAGACCUUUGCUUUGGAACAGUUUUUGAAGCAGGCAAGAGCGGAAAAUUCAAAGGAGAAGAAGGAAAGUGCUGAUGAAAAGGAAGAGCUGCCGUUGCAAAAUUGGAAAUCCCUCCCAACGUUGAACAUCUUGAAUAUAAUGUACGACUUGACGCCCCCAGAGUAUAUAAAUAAAGUCAUCACCGAGCUCGGCGCAUUGCCACCUUCAUCUGUGCCCGUCAUUUUGCGAGAAUAUAAGAGUACAUAA